AGCAACCUGCUCAUAAACCUCCAUAGGAGAAAUCUCCUGCUAGUGCUGCUCCUUUCAGGCAGAAAUCAGGAGAACAUCAGGAGUGGGGUCUCCUCAGAGCCUCACACCACAGAGCUAAGCAGAGUGUGAGGUGAAUUCCCCAUUGAGGGAGCUGUGGCACUGGAGACGAGUAGUUUCAAAUUGUCUUCAGUUACCUAGAAACCCGUGUAAGGAGGUGUAAAUGUUCUGGGUUAAAGCAAGGCAAGGUGUGCGGGCAGAAAUCACAGAGCUCUUGCUGGGUCAGCAGCUGAUGUUGCAGAUGAGCUGUGAAGAAAGCAGACAGGCUUUUGGGCACAGCAGGGCACCAAAGGCAUCCCAGGCUCUCUCAUGCCUCGCCUCGCUGCUGUGCCCCGGUAGUCGCUGCUCCCGCAGGAUGGCAGCGGCCUCGUUCCGCUACGGGCUGACCAUCGCGGGCGCCGUGCUGCUGGUCACGGGCACGCUCUGCUUCGCCUGGUGGAGCGACGGCGAGGUGGGCUCGGCCGGCGGGGCUCGGCUGCCGCCGCCCCGGGAUGCCGAGGCCGUGCCCUCCUCCUCCUCCUCGUCCAGCGCCCUGCUGCGCUCCGUCAGCUUCUUCUGCUGCGGCAUCGGCGGCAUCCUGCUCAUCUUCGGCCUCCUGUGGUCCGUCAAGGCCAACGCCAGGGUGGUGUCCCGGCGCUACCAGUACCAUUUCCCCCGGGACCUGCAGUACUUCACGGCGGAGCCCGCGGAGAAGUGGAACUGCAGCUCCUGGGACUCCAGCGCCAUCCCCACCUAUGAAGAAGCCCUGACCUGCAGACCAGCCCAGGCUGCCCCGGCCUUUGUGCAGCCGCCGGGGCGGAAGGA